AUGGAGCGGGGACCGCGGCGCGUCGGCGAGAUGACGAUGGAGCGAGGAAUGCAGCAUCUGAGCACCAACGGCGGACUCCGAGUCGCCGGACGAGGCGGCGGACGAGACGGCGGACGAGCCGUGACGGAGACCACGGCGGAAGACGCGGAGGCAGCGGAAGCGGAGGCGGAAAGUAUUGGCGACGGCGGGGAAACAUUCGAGCAUUAUUUGCGGAGGAAAAGCACCGGAAGCACGAUCCCGCGGAGUCGGGAACGAUGGCAGGCGGAAGACGAUGCGGGGAGUGUCUCCGCGGCCCCAGCCACCUCCCCCACUAGUACCGCCGCCCCCGCCUCUCGAGAGGCCAUUCCGCGUGUUCCGAGCCCCACGGGGCUUCCGCCGCGGUCGCUGUCCCCGUCAGAAGCAGGCCCGUCAUACAGCUUGGUAAAGUCCCCCGCUACCUCCCCCCCGCCUAACCACCGCCGAUCGCGGAGUAGCGGCGGAGCCUUUCUCUUGGAAGGAGGAAUGAUGGGGGGACUUCCUCCUAUUAGCCCGGGAACCAGCGGGUUUGGCGCGAGUUUUGCAGGCAGUGGCGCGCAGUUGCCCCCGCUGAGCCCCAGGGCGGGCAGAAAGGGGGACGGCGGCGCUUGCCCUCUUCCCAGCCCCAUUGAGCGGAGCAAAACGACUGGUGGAAGCUUCGCGAGGGGUUCCGCGGUCGGGCCAGUUGCUGACGUGGCAAGCCUCCCUAGAAGCCGUACCACACACGCGACGGGGGAAGGCGGGAGGGGAGGGGGAGCGGGGGGAGGAGGAGGAGCGGGGGGAGGCGGACGUGGGGGCUUGGGGGGCGAAGGCAGGGCGGGUGGUGGAGGGGCAAACUCCCCGGUACUGAAUCGGAAGAAGGGCGCAGGGGGAGGGGUUGGGGGGAUCCCUAAAAGCGCGAGCAGUGGGAAUCUGGCGCGAAUGGCGCAGAGAGGAGGGGGGAUGGGGGGCUUCACCCCCCCCACCCUGGGAGGAGGGAGUGUGGUGCACAGCCCUCAAUCCGUGGCUGCUCUAGCAGAGAGAGACAAGCAAAAGCUGGCCGAAAUCCAGAGCUUCUUUGCUUCGGGAGGGCUAGGUUUGGGAAGGCGAGGUUCGGGGCGAUGGGGGGUGGGAGGAGCCACCCCGAACCAGUCACCCAGGCCUGGGAGGUCCCCCAAUACCUCCCCUCCUGUCACUUCACCUUCGAAAGGAGCAGCAGGAGCAGGUUUAGGAGGAGAGAGAGGAGGAGCAGGAGCAGGUGGAGGAGGGAAGAGAGGAGGAAGGGGAGGGAAGAAGGGAGUGCUAGGGCUAAUUCUAGGGCCUAUUCGCACGCCCAGUCCCAGCGAGUAUUACCGGAUUGGUUCGCCUGGUGGCGGUGGGUGGAUGGGACGGGUGUGGAGACAGCGAGGGGAAGGAGAGAAGCAGGUGGAAGAGAAGGAGGAGGAAGCGGAAGGGAAGGAGAAGGAGAAGGAGAAGGAGAAGGAGAAGGGGAAGGAGGGAGAGGAUUGGGGGAAGUACAUGGGUGGUGAGGCGUAUGAGGAGAGCGAGGAUGGGGAAGGGGAGGAGGGAGAAGCAGGAGGAGGAGCAGCAGCAGCAGCAGCAGCAGCAGAAGCAACAGCAGGAGCAGCAGAAAAGGCAGCCAGUGGGGAGGAAAGAAGAGAGAAGGCAGAAAGGGAGCAGGGAAAUCUGACAAAAGAUGCUGUUGCAGCAGCAGCAGCAGCAGGUGCAGCCGCGGCACAAGGAAAAGGAGCUGUAACGGGGGCAGGCACAGGCGCAGGCGAAGCUGGCAGAAAAUAUGCGAAGCUGGCAGGAGCCCGGCAAGGAAAGGGGGAUGUGAAAGCCAUGGUGCAGGCAGCAGGAGCAGGAGGAAAGUCAGACGCAAAGAGCAUGGUGCAGGCAGGAGCAGCAGGAGGAGGAGGAGGAGGAGGAGGAGGAGGAGGAGGAGGAGGAGGAGGAGGAAAAAAGGCCAAGGCAAAGGCCAUGGUGCAGGCAGCAGGAGCAGGAGGAAAGGCAGACGUGAAAGCAGCGGUGCAGGCAGGAGCAGGAGGAGGAAAGGUGGACGUGAGAGCGCUGGUCCAAGGAGCUUUGGAGGAGUGGCGCAGGACGGAGGCAGCAGCAAUGCAGCAGCUCUCAACCUCUGUGUUGGGGAGAGGGUUGUCGGAUGUGCGCAAGGUGUAUCAGCUGGGGAAGGAGCUGGGGCGGGGCAACUUCGGGGUGAUCAGGGAGGCGGUGGAUUGGGUGUCUGGCGAGCGGUUUGCCUGCAAGAGUGUCAACAAGAAACGACUGGAGUGCUUGAACAACUGUGAGGAUCUGAGGAGGGACGUGGAGGUGUGUUUGGACAUCUGUGAAGAUCUGGAGAGGGACGUGGAGGUGGUGCGGGCGCUCAAGAGGGGCAUGCAGGCAUGCAUGCGUGGACGACAUAGCGGAUUUAAAACACCCCCUCACCCGCCUCUUCUUUUCCUCCCCUCCCCUUGCACUCGCACCUACCAGUGCGUGGACAACAUAGCGGAUCUGAGGAGGGAGGUGGAGAUGAUGCGAUCGUGCGUGGACGACAUAGGGGAUUUGAGGAGGGAGGUGGAGGUGAUGCGAGCAGUGAAGGGCCAUCCCAACAUUGUGUCGCUCGUGGAUACCUAUGAAGAUGACACGGACGUGCACAUGGACGUGCACAUGGUGAUGGAGCUGUGCGAGGGGGGAGAGCUAUUCGACCGCAUCGUGGCGCGCAAGCACUACGGAGAGCGCCAGGCAGCGCAGGUGUGCCGCACUCUCGCCGACGUCCUUCGCUACUGCCACUCGCAGCGCAUCCUGCACCGCGACUUAAAGCCCGAGAACGUGCUCCUCGUCUCAACCCGCAGCGACACGUGUGUGAAGGUGAUCGACUUCGGCAUGGCGUACCGCUUUCAGGAUGGCGAGCGCUGCACGCAGCGCGCCGGCACUCCGAAUUACAUCUCCCCGGAGGUCAUUGCAAAGAAUUACGGCACCGAGGCAGACGUGUGGAGCUUGGGGGUGAUUCUCUAUGUCAUGCUGUGCGGGCUGCCGCCGUUUUGGGGUGAUUCGACAGAGGAGAUCUUCUCGAGUAUUUUGUACGAGCCGUUGGAUCUGGAGACCGAGCCUUGGCCGGAUGUGUCUGCCGCGGCUAAGGACCUGGUUCGGCAGAUGUUGUGCCGGAGGUUCGACGAGCGGAUCACCAUCGCAGAGAUCUUGAAGCAUCCAUGGAUAAAAGCCCUCACUCUCGCAUAA